AUUGUUGAACCUACGUUCCUGGUUUCAGUGCGACAGCGUCGCACAGCUACCUUAUUGAAAAUUUCACGAAGUGUAUGGUUAUACGGCAAAUUAAAUGAUGUACGUCCGCAAAAUCUUGCAUCUUAUUGGGUAUAUGCAUAUGGCGAAGCAAAGGUGUGA